AUGAAUUUCCUUCUUUUCUUUCUUUCUAUUUUUCUUUCUAUUUUGCUCUAUGCUUUUCCUUCGUUCUUUCAUUCUAUUUUUCUUUCUAUUUUGCUCUAUGAAUUUCCUUCUUCCUUUCUUUCUAUUUUUCUUUCUAUUUUGUUCUAUGAAUUUCUUUCUUUCUUUCUUUCUAUUUUUCUUUCUAUUUUGCUCUAUGCUUUUCCUUCGUUCUUUCAUUCUAUUUUUCUUUCUAUUUUGUUCUAUGAAUUUCCUUCUUCCUUUCUUUCUAUUUUUCUUACUAUUUUGCUCUAUGCUUUUCCUUCGUUCUUUCAUUCUAUUUUUCUUUCUAUUUUGUUCUAUGAAUUUCCUUCUUCCUUUCUUUCUAUUUUUCUUACUAUUUUGCUCUAUGCAUUUCUUUCUUUCUUUCUUUCUAUUUUUAUUUCUAUUUUGCUCUCUUCCUUUCUAUUUUCAUUUCUUUUUAUCUUGCUCUAUUCAUUUCUCUCUUUAUUUUUUCUUUCUUUCUAUUUCAUUCUCUUCUUUCUCCCUUCCUUCCUUUCUUUUAUUUUUUCCUUCUUUCUUUCUCUUUUGCUCUAUUCAUUUCUGUCUUUAUUUAUAUCUUUCUCUUGCUUUAUCUUUUUAUUUUACUUUCUUCAUUUUUUUAUUUUCACUUUAUUCAUUCUUUCUUCCUCAUUUCCUUUCUUUUUUCUUUCCUUCUUUCGUUCCUAA